AUGCGGACGGGGAUUGUUGGGCCUUGCUUUUUCCGAAGAUCCCCCGUUUGGCUGCGGGAGGAGAUGGCUCAGUCUCAGCGGACUCCGCAGACCUCUGACGACGGGUUGGCAAAAAGAAGCCCCAUGACCAGCUCUGCGAUGCUCACCAUUCUCCCAGCCCUUCAGGAGAAACAGCCGCUCCCAGGGGCUUGGCUCAACGCUGAUCUCGGGUUGGCCGACCGGCCAGAGGCUCAACCCACCCCACCCAGACACCGGGUGAGUAUUGUGGUCCUGUCUGAGCGCCUCCUGACCCUCUGCCCGGUCAGCUGGGGAGGGGCUUUGGACAAGGUCCACGCCAGCGACUCCUGCCUCCUCCCUUCCCUCCCCCGGCCACCCGUGACUCCCGCCCCUCCGGGAAGCCCUCCCUCACGAGUCCCCAGAUGCCUGAAGGCAGCGGCCGGACGGGGUUUCCUCGGGUUUCUGCCUCUGCUCAGCCCUCGCUGGUUCCCCGCCCCCGCCUCCCACGCGUUGAGGUCUCAGCAGAGGAAUGUAAGCACCUUGAGGACAGAGGCUCUUUGGGGAGGCCUCACAGUCCCUGACCUAAAGGUGAGAGUGAGUAGAAGAGAUUCCCAACUCAGAGCCCCAGCGCCGGCCGGGGGUGGGGCGUGGUGGGGGCUCCGCUGUCCAGCAGCUUCUCGGCCUGAAAGUGGGAGGGUGAGGCCGCCUCUCCCCCCCCCCCCCGCCCCAGCCUCUCGUGCGGACUGCCGGUCUACUGAGGCCAGAGCUCCUGAAGAGCAGAGCAAAGAGCCCUCGCCUCUGCACCUCCAGGUCCCCUGCUGCCGACAGCCCCCUCUUGGGCCCUUCUCGGCGCUCCGCUCCUGCCACUCCCUCGCGUCUUGUCUUGGCUUCCAGCGCUUCCUCUUCCUACGCCCCUCUCUUCCUCUUGGCUCCAAAAGCCACCUCCCCUCGGCACAGCACAGCUGUAAGUAAUACUCUGUCCUGCAGCCUGAGGAGGGCCGAUGUCCUUUGCCAGCGUCUCCUACUUCUGCCCCGUAGCUGAUAUGUGAACAAAAACUGGCUAGGUAAAUGACAAAGGAAGACGGUCCUGUAUUCAUCCCACAGUGCUCGGAGGCCAGGCCUGGAAUCUUCCUGAGUUCAAAUCUGGAGUCAGACACUUACUAGCUGUGUGACCCUGGACAAGUCCCUUCACCCUGUUUGUCUCAGUUUCCUCAUCUGUAAAAUGAAACGGAGAAGGAAAUGACAAAACCCCAAAAGGGGUCACAAGAGUCAUUAGUAAUUAUGGGGACCAAGGGUGGGCUUCCUGGAAGAGGUGGCCCCUGAGCUGGGAGUGGUAUGUGCAAACACCGAGAGAUGGGAGAGCCCCUGACCUCGAAUCCAGCCUUCUUUCCAUAGUAGCAUUCUCCUCGUCAGCAGAUCAGAGGAGAGCCAAGGUGAGUGAGGAUUUUUGGUUUGGGUGCUUGGGAGAACUCAGGGCAUGGUGACAAAGCGCAAGACUGUUUAAAGGGAGAAGUCUUGGUUAACCGCCCAGCUUUGCUGCCCCUGGAGGGCAUUCUGCAGGAUCUCACAUCCAUCCCAGCCCCAGGCACAGGAUUGUCUCUGUCUUAAGAGGCUCUGGUUUGUGGCCUCGGGGCCUGUCCCUCAUGCAUCCCAGGGACCCCAGGGAGCCCUCUUAUCUCUGCCAGGACACUUGGAAGCAAGUAGGGUCUGGUAGCAGAGUCAGGCAGAGUUCAGCAGGGUAUCUGCUGCUCCUUUUCCAUUUCUCAAUGGUUGGGUCUGUGCUCACCGGUAAGUGAGCGGGCCUGAUCCCAGGGGAUGCCUUGAACGAAGCCAAAGGGUCUGUUUCUGCUUGGGAUAUGCAGCUUGCUUUGCUGCCCCAUUGUCUGCACCUGGUCAGGUGUGAAAGGACAUUCUGAGGCCAGAUUCGAACUCAGGCCUUCUUGGCUCCAGGCAGGUCCAGCAUAGUGUCCAUUUCACCACCAGCUGCCUUCUUCUAGUGAGCUGGGGAUGCAACAUGGAUCCUCAUGAGUAUGAAUGAAGGAGCUUGAGAAAGCAGAUGACCAGGCUCCUCGGUGGCCUUUCAUGGUGAACCUUGAAGGGAGGGAUGGGUUCCAAGAAGCAUGGGUGAAGAGGAAGCACCUUUCAGGCUGGGGCCAUGGAAUCCUAAUAGAGCUGUUUUAACUUCCUUAUGGGCCCCACUGAACAGCAGGCAUGCCCACACCAAAGGCCCCCAGACUCAAUAUAGACGAUGCCCCUACCUAGCCACUGCCCCUCUCCCCAACUCAAUGCCUUAACUUCCUCAUAUAUGCCUCACUGCUCACUAGAACAGUGGGUGUGUCCAUGAACUCAUAUUUCUCACAGAACAGCAGGUGUGUCCGUGUGCUGGGAUCCCCGCCACUGCCUCUAGCUAGCCACUGCCCCCAGACAGGUGUGUCCAUGCGCUCAACUACAACCACGUCCAUCUAGUCUCAGACAGGACCACAAUAGCCAGCCAAUCAGCAAGCAGCGCCACCAGGAUGCUGGAGCAGGAUGUGGCCGCCAAAACUGCAGAAGGGACUUUCCCUAAGUGGGCACCUGCUCCGUAAUAGCAAAAGCUGUCCUUUAGGUGAACUUAUGACGUAGAGAGGCUUCUUGUAAUAUCAUUAGCAUAUAUACAAGCCCCCCGAUGGGGUUUUUUCUGUAUGUAUUGUUCAUGAUCACACACGCGGUUCCACUGAGGUUGGGACCCCUCCCCAUUACCUAAUCCCUUAACAAACCCCUCCUGCCUUUUAAAUAGUCAUAAUUUCUGUUAUGUAAUUGCACCUUUAUCCUAAAAAAAUCCACCUUACUUUCACUGAAGCUGCUGGCUGGCUUCUGAGGGCCGUCAAUCCUCAAUAAAUGCCACUACCUGGAUUCGACGGUUCAGCCACAGCACAUCAUGAGACCUCAAUGUGGGGGACGGACAGCCCAGGUAAAGGUGAGAAGGGAAGCAAGCGAAUACUGAGCGUGGGGCACGUUGGACUGGGUCAUGAGUAGAUCCAGGGACUGGCUUUCAUUUCGAGGUCGUGAGAUGGAUUCGUUCACAAACACCCGAAUUUAUAUGCUCCAUGCUUCAAACGUGAGCUGCUCUGUGUUGAUUCCCUUGGAGUUACCACGGCUCAGAAAGGUUUGGGAAUUUGGGAAAGAGAGCAGGCAGGAGACUUGGUCAAAGUCAUACAGCCAGUUGAGAUGGGGCUGGGGCCACCCAAAAGGCCUGAGAAACAAAGCCCUUGGCUGUUCAGAACCCACACCCAGGGAGGAGUGAGCCCAGAAGGCCCCAAGCUGGUGUGGCUUCUGAGGCCAUUUUCCCUUCUUUUAGGGACUCACCAGAUCCAUGGAAGGUCACCCUACUUCCUGGCUAAUGGCAGCUAUGGGCUUCCAUGGAGCUACAACAUUCCCAUCAGUCUCCUACAAAGAAAGGCAAUGCCAUCUGCCAAGGACUUAGAGCAAGAAGAGAGCUUUGUAGGCCUUUCCCUCCUUUUUAUGGAUGAGAGGCUGUGUCCCUGAAUGGUAGCCCAUGAGGACCCAGGCGUCCUUAACCCCAGCCCGAGGCACUCUUCCUAAACCCUCAGGCGGCCACACCCCAGCACAAAUGCCAGCCCUUAGCACGUUCUGAAAGUACAGUCCAGCCUGUUGGCUCCCCCAGAUCACAGGCGGGACCUCAAAGGUCACCAAAGCCAAGCCGAGCCUCUUACAAAGGAGGAUGCUGCCAAGGUGGACGGUGGUCGGUAAGGGAGGCAGGUGCUCUGGGCCUUCCCAAGCCAGCCUCCAGCUGGGGAGCUCCGCCCAGGGCUUGUGCAAAGCAUCCCUCUGGGCUCUCAGAGGUUCCUCCGACCAGCACCAGCCAGGCCACUGCUCCCCGAUGGAGAGGCUCCAGGGACCCAGCAGGAACUUCAUAAAUGGUUCUUGAUUCUGACUCUGACCAUGCAGUGUUAGCAUGACUGACUGCCCUCUCUGUAUCUGUUUAUCUCUACCAUCCAUUUGUCUCUGUACCCAUCUAUCUCUAU